CGAACCCCACACACGUCGGGAGCGGUUUUAAACUUUACGCGCGUUUAGUUCGAAACUUUUUAAACUUUUACGAAGUUUGUAAUAUAUUCCCUUUAGCGUAUAUAAAGAUUGUUGUUUUAUAAGCGGUUUAAACUGGUUUUAUUUUUCGGAUUUUCGUCGCUUGCAAGGCGCAUACGCAGUGAUAUAUUGGUUUAGUGUUUGGACAAACAUUUGGCUUUGGCCGGGAUAAUGUGGUGGUUACUUAAGUUUUCUAUCGUUUUGCAAUGUGUCAGUUCAGUUCGCAUCAUAAACAUUCGAGUACCGGAAGUAAUUCAAUACGGAACUAAGGACUCUAUCACGCUAGACUGUGACUUCGUGACGAACAAUGUCACCGGACUAGUGGUCAAGUGGUUUUAUAUGGAUAAGACGACGCCAGUGUACCAAUGGAUCCCACCGCAAAAACCUCAAGCGCUUGGAAUUUUGAGAAAUAAGGUGGACCUAUCAUACAAAGUAUCACACAACCCGUACACACAGCACCGAGCUCUCCACAUCACAUCUCCGGUUCCAGAGCUGACCGGCAACUACACUUGUGUGGUGUCCACCUUCCUCGCUGAAGAUGAGAAGACCAGACCCAUGACUAUAUUUGUACCAGAAACAAAGUUUGACAUGAUUCAAGAUCGGCUGGAUGACAAAUACCUGAAUAUCAUCUGCUCCGUUGAAGGGGUCUACCCGAAGCCAGAACUGGUCAUUUUAGCUGGUAACAGGCCACUGAACGCUAAGUCGUCGAUCAAAGUCAUCGAGGGCCGGUACACAGCUCUGACGAGUUCCGUCGUGAGGAUAGACGCCCUCCCUCCAACUGUAGAGAUCCUCUGUGACAUGCAAGUUCCACUCGCCAACUAUUACAGCAGGAAGAGGGAUAUGUUUUAUAGAGAUCCGCCAUUGUCUUCGACUGAGACACCUAAUUUGAAGCAAGUGGUGCCUGACUCAGGUCACCAUCUCGUAUCGACAUCAGCUCUGGUCGUCACCUUAUUAGUAAUCAGCUUACUCCGAUUACAAGCAACUUGACAGGAUUAAAUUAAGAUUACUGCUAUAAAUAAACACUUAAUAAAAUUAAUAAUCUUCAAUAACCACUGAAUGUACGUUAUUCGUUGAGAUUCGACUUAAAAUCAAGUUAAUAAAGUUCAAGUUAAAGUGGUUGAUUUUUCAUCAAAAGAAGGCGUUGUCUAAUAUAUUUUUGUAGAUACUAAAUAAUAUAUAAUGUAUUUUUUAUAGUUGUAAUUAUAAUGUC